AUGACGAAACUUCACAAGAAGAAGUUACCUGCGGUUACGAUAGUUUAACGGCAUGUUCUUCCGAUGGAGGUUUCUUAUAUGAAAUAUCAUGCGGAUCAGGCUUUGCUCACCCCAAACCAUGCGGAAAAGGCAGACAUUGCCAAACAAUAAACGGCAUGAAAGCCGAAUGUAAAGACGAUUGA